GCUCCGGCUGUAGUGCGGCGCAUGCGCAGUCGUGGCCGGGGUUAGGCACCGUCGGUGCGGGAUGGAGUCGUACGAUGUGAUCGCUAACCAGCCGGUGGUUAUCGACAACGGUUCUGGAGUUGUUAAAGCUGGUUUUGCAGGUGAUCAGAUUCCAAAGUAUUGCUUCCCUAAUUAUGUGGGAAGACCUAAGCAUGUACGUGUUAUGGCUGGUGCCCUGGAAGGAGACAUUUUCAUUGGACCAAAGGCUGAGGAACACAGGGGCCUAUUGACCAUCAGGUAUCCAAUGGAACAUGGAAUUGUAAAAGACUGGAAUGAUAUGGAGCGGAUUUGGCAGUAUGUGUAUUCCAAAGACCAACUGCAGACUUUCUCAGAAGAGCAUCCUGUACUCCUCACAGAGGCUCCUUUGAAUCCAAGAAAAAACCGUGAACGAGCUGCUGAGGUUUUCUUUGAAACUUUCAACGUGCCUGCUUUGUUCAUCUCAAUGCAAGCUGUACUUAGUCUGUAUGCCACAGGUAGGACUACAGGUGUGGUGUUAGAUUCAGGUGAUGGAGUCACACACGCAGUUCCUAUCUAUGAAGGAUUUGCAAUGCCACAUUCCAUCAUGAGGAUUGACAUUGCUGGACGCGAUGUGUCUCGCUAUUUGCGCCUCUUCCUUCGAAAGGAAGGAUAUGAUUUUCACACAUCUUCAGAGUUUGAGAUUGUGAAAACAAUCAAAGAGCGUGCCUGUUAUCUGUCAAUAAAUCCACAAAAAGAUGAGACUCUAGAGACAGAGAAAGCCCAAUACAUUCUGCCUGAUGGAAGCACAAUUGAAAUAGGACCUGCGCGCUUCCGGGCUCCAGAGCUUCUCUUUCGGCCCGACCUGAUUGGCGAAGAAUGUGAAGGAAUCCAUGAAGUUUUGGUAUUUGCAAUCCAGAAGUCUGACAUGGACUUAAGGCGAACACUUUUCUCUAACAUAGUUUUGUCAGGAGGAUCGACUUUGUUCAAAGGUUUUGGGGAUAGACUGUUGAGUGAAGUAAAGAAAUUGGCACCAAAAGAUAUAAAAAUAAAGAUUUCUGCUCCUCAGGAGAGACUAUACUCAACAUGGAUAGGUGGUUCUAUUCUGGCAUCACUUGAUACAUUUAAGAAAAUGUGGGUGUCGAAAAAGGAGUACGAGGAAGAUGGGGCCAGAGCGAUCCACAGGAAGACAUUCUAAAGUACUUGGCAGAAUCUGUCCAGACAAACUCACUAUGAUGUAACCGUUCUUGUCUGGGUAUGGUGUAUGCCUGUGAGAUGGAGAAUGUGUGUACAUGAGAUUAGAUGAGAUAAAAGGACUGGGUUUUGGAAUGUAUACGAUCAAAGUAUGAGAGUUUUAUCCAUUUUAGCUAUUUUCUAUUUCCCCCUUCCACUACCUUCUCCGUUUGCAUUGUCAUUCACAGCUAAUACAUUAAUACAUUGUCCAGCCUUUUACACAAGAAUGUGCCUAGCGUAUUUGGACACAUCCACUGUCUUAAUUUCAUUGGAAGCUUUGAUAAGAGAAUCGAGCAAAUGAUGGAAGAGAUGAGGGCUCCAGAGUUUGAUGUGUGACUGUUGAAAUGUGGUAUGAAUGGAAAUUUUUAACAGGCCUUGUUUCUAUUGCUUUUGAGACUGGUAAAGGAUUUAUAACCUAUUGUGCGUAGACAAACUGCACGCCCUGAUGUCCCUGAAUUUUUUAAAAAAAUAUAUCAGCAUAGCUCUGUAUGAAAAGUGUAUAUAUAUCCCAGCGCUUUCUCUUUGUCUCCCAGAACACUAACAUAUACUGCUUGUGUGCCCACUAGAUGAGGUAUCUACACCUGCUGGAUACAAGCAUAUUGUGCUAUUUAACCAAGUGUUCAUGGCCCAGCAGGAAAAUUCCAUUGGGAGAGGGAAAAAAACCCACGCGUUUAAGUGGCAUGUAAUAUAAUUUAAGUUAUUUGUUCUUCUGUAAAUGUCUUAAGAUAAGCCAACACAAGUUGCCACAUGCAAGCAUUGUUGUCCGUAACAGGCGAGAGUAGAUGCAAUGGGUCUUGAGGCUGAUCACUGAUUAAAUGUUGUGCAGAUUGCCACCACACUUACUUUCUACAUCACUCUUGUUUGGAAACUAACGGUAUAAGGAAAGGAACACAAACGGUGGUUCUGUCUGAAUUGGAGUAUUUAUUUACCACCAUGGUCACUGCAGGUGGCAGAUGGGAAGGUCAGAGUACAGCGAUGAAUGGGACAUUGCAAUUUACUUUUUCCAGAAACAGGAACUAAACUCAAACCUAGGCCAGAGCACCUUCCUGUUGAAAACACUCAUAAUGUUUAGCAUGAUAAGAACAAAAUAGUGUUUAAUUUUAGACUGAGAAGAAAAGCCUUGUAAACUGCUGUGCCACUCGAAUCCACAGGAGUAGUAAUCCAUGACGUUAUAAGUGCCAGCUUUUUUUUUUGUUUAGAUGUGCAGUUGUUAAAGUUGACUGCAAAGAAGGGAACUGCUGAAUGCUACUGACAGGUUCUGCUCAGAGUAAAUAUAGUCAAACUUAAUUCUAUAGCGUUCGAUGGAAUGGUAAUAAAUGUUUAGAUUUUUUUUGACCUAAGCACAUAUGUCUUGGCAAGUGACCAAAUUUGACUGAAGACCACUGGCAUUAGUUUGUCAUGACUGCUGUAGAUCUAGGUCCCUGUAUGAUGGUAAACAGUUUUAAUCGGUCCAUUCCAACUAGCUUUUACUAUAUUAUCAUCCAAUGUUUUACCAUGCAGAAGUAUUGCAAACUGUGCUGCCAAGGUGAUGCCACGGACUGGAAAAUGUUAAUAAAACUCUUCAAAGAGA